AUGGUGGCCCUGUCACUGAAGAUUGGGGGGGAAGUGGUGAAGACAUCGCAGUUUGAGCCCUCCACCAUGGUGUAACACGCCUGUCGAAUGAUCAGGGAAAGAGUCCCAGCACAGCUAGGCCAGCCCAAUGACUAUGGUCUGUUCCUGUCCGAUGAGGACCCCAAGAAAGGCAUCUGGCUGGAGGCAGGCAAGGCCCUGGACUACUACAUGCUGAGGAAUGGGGACACUCUGGAGUACAAGAAGAAGCAGAGGCCCUUGAAGAUCCGCAUGCUGGACGGGACGGUGAAAACCGUCAUGGUGGACGACUCCAAGAUCGUCAGCGACAUGCUUAUGACCAUCUGUGCCAGGAUAGGUAUCACAAACUAUGACGAGUACUCGUUGGUGCACGACGUGGUUGAGGAGAAGAAGGAGGAGAUGACGGGGACUCUGACAAGACGGGACAAGACUCUGAUGAGAGACGACAAGAAGAUGGAGAAACUUAAGCAGAAACUCCACACAGACGACGAGUUGAACUGGCUGGACCAUGGGCGGACGCUGAGGGAGCAGGGUGUGGAGGAGACCGAGAUGCUGCUCCUCAGGAGGAAGUUCUUCUACUCAGACCAGAACGUGGACUCACGAGACCCGGUCCAGCUCAACCUGCUCUACGUCCAGGCCCGUGAUGACAUUUUGAACGGCUCCCAUCCCGUCUCCUUCGAGAAAGCCUGCGACUUUGCCGGAUACCAGUGUCAGAUCCAGUUUGGUGACCACAACGAGACCAAGCACAAACCAGGCUUCCUAGAUUUGAAAGAGUUCCUCCCUAAAGAGUACAUCAAGAACAAAGGGGAGAAAAGAAUCUUCCAGGCACACAAAAACUACCAAAACAUGACUGAAAUCGAGGCCAAAGUCAGCUACGUCAAACUGGCUAGGUCUCUGAAAACCUACGGAGUGUCAUUCUUCCUAGUAAAGGAGAAAAUGAAGGGUAAGAACAAGCUGGUCCCUCGUCUGCUGGGAAUCACCAAGGAGUGCGUCAUGCGGGUAGACGAGAAGACCAAGGAGGUGAUCCAGGAGUGGAACCUCACCAACAUCAAACGCUGGGCUGCCUCGCCCAAGAGCUUCACCCUGGACUUUGGCGAUUAUCAAGACGGUUACUACUCUGUCCAGACGACUGAGGGAGAGCAGAUUGCCCAACUGAUCGCUGGUUACAUUGACAUCAUUCUGAAAAAGAAAAAGAGCAAAGACCACUUUGGCUUAGAGGGAGAUGAGGAGUCCACCAUGUUGGAGGAUUCUGUGUCACCCAAAAAGUCUACGGUGCUGCAGCAGCAGUUCAACAAGGUGGGGAAGGUGGAGACUGGCUCUGUGGCCCUGCCGGCCAUCAUGCGUUCAGGGGCCGGGGGCCCCGAGAGCUUCCAGAUGGGCUCCAUGCCCCAGGCCAAGCAGCACAUCACCAGCGGACAGAUGCACAGGGGCCACAUGCCCCCGCUGACAUCCGCCCAGCAGGCCCUGACUGGCACCAUCAACUCCAGCAUGCAGGCGUUGCAGGCUGCCCAGGCCUCGCUGGAGGAGUUUGACACCCUGCCUCCCCUCGGGACAGACGCGGCCUCCCAAGCCUGGCGUAAGAACAAGAUGGACGAGUCCAAACACGAGAUCCACUCCCAGGUUGACGCCAUCACAGCCGGGACGGCCUCUAUGGUCAAUCUCACCGCAGGCGACCCAGCAGAGACAGACUACACGGCGGUGGGCUGUGCCGUGACCACCAUCUCCUCCAACCUAACGGAGAUGUCCAAGGGGGUCAAGCUGCUCGCCGCCCUCAUGGAGGAUGAGGGAGGCAACGGAAACCAGUUGUUGGGGGCUGCCAAGAACCUGGCGUGUGCCGUGUCCGACAUGCUAAAGACCGCCCAGCCAGCCAACACUGAGCCCCGUCAGAACCUUCUGCAGGCUGCAGGCAACGUGGGCCAGGCCAGUGGCGAGUUGCUGUCUCACAUCGGAGAGACGGACGCCGACCCCCGCUUUCAGGACAUGCUUAUGCAGCUGGCUAAAGCCGUGGCUAACGCCGCCGCCGCCCUGGUGCUCAAAGCAAAGAACGUGGCCCAGAAGACGGAGGACUCUGCACUCCAGAACCGCGUCAUCGCCGCAGCGACCCAAUGUGCCCUAUCCACCUCCCAACUGGUGGCCUGCACCCGGGUGGUCGCUCCCACCAUCAGCUCUCCGGUGUGCCAGGAGCAGCUGAUUGAGGCAGGCAAGCUGGUUGCCAAGUCGGUGGACGGCUGCGUGGAUGCGUCUCGGGGCGCCACCGGCGACGAGGGGCUCCUCAAGCAGGUGGGCGCCGCCGCCACGGGCGUCACCCACGCCCUCAACGAGCUCCUGCAGCACAUCAAGCAGUACGCCCACGGAGGCCAGCCCAUAGGGCGCCACGGAGAGGCCACCGACCGCAUCCUGGACGUYACCGAGAACAUCUUCAGCUCCAUGGGAGACGCCGGUGAGAUGGUGCGUCAGGCCCGCAUCCUUGCCCAGGCCACCUCGGACCUGGUCAACGCCAUCAAGAUGGACGCAGAGGGCGAGUCGGACCUGGAGAAUUCCCGCAAGCUGCUGUCAGCCGCCAAGCUCCUGGCAGACGCCACGGCCAAAAUGGUGGAGGCUGCCAAGGGCGCAGCCGCCAACCCGGACAGUGAGGAGCAGCAGCAGAGACUGAGGGAGGCAGCAGAGGGUCUACGCAUGGCCACCAACGCGGCYGCCCAGAAUGCCAUCAAGAAGAGGCUGGUCAACAAGCUGGAGAACGCAGCCAAGCAGGCCGCCGCGGCCGCCACUCAGACUAUAGCCGCCGCCCAGCACGCCGCCUCGUCCAAUAAGAACCCAGCAGCCCAGCAGCAGCUCGUCCAGAGCUGCAAGGUGGUGGCAGACCAGAUCCCUCAGCUGGUCCAGGGGGUGCGUGGCAGCCAGUCCCAGCCCGACAGCCCCAGUGCCCAGCUCACCCUCAUCGGGGCCGGCCAGAACUUCCUCCUGCCUGGUGCCAAGAUGGUGGCGGCUGCCAAGGCCACAGUACCUACCAUUGGCGACCAGGCCUCUGCCAUGCAACUCAGCCAGUGUGCCAAGAACCUGGCCACUGCCCUUGCCGAGCUCCGCACGGCCGCACAGAAGGCACAGGAAGCAUGUGGUCCUCUGGAGAUCGACAAUGCUCUGACGGUGGUCCGAGGCCUGGAGAAAGACAUGGUGGAGGCCAAGGCCUCAGCUGGCGAUGGCAAACUCAAACCCCUGCCCGGAGAGACGCUGGAGAAGUGCUCUCAGGACGUGGGCAACAGCACUAAGGCUGUGAGCUCUGCCAUCGCCCAGCUGCUGAGUGAGGCCACCCAGGGAAACGAGAACUACACAGGUAUGGCAGCCAGAGACGUGGCUCAGGCAUUGCGCGCUCUGGCCUCGGCCGCCCGUGGGGUUGCCGCGACGACCGCCGACCCUCAGGCCCGCAACGCCAUGCUGGACUGCGCUGGUGACGUUAUGGACAAGUCGGCCAAUCUGAUCGAAGAGACCAAGAGAGCCAUCGCCAAGCCGGGAGAUCCUGACAGCCAGCAGAGACUGGCACAGGUGGCCAAGGCUGUAUCCCAGGCCCUGAACAGGAGUGUGAACUGCCUGCCUGGACAGAGAGAUGUGGACAACGCUAUAAGAACAGUCGGAGAGGCCAGUAAGAAACUACUGGCCAAUUCUUUCCCGCCCAGUGGGAAGAGUUUCCAGGAGACGCAGGUCAACCUGAACCAGGCUGCAGCCGGUCUCAACCAGUCAGCCAAUGAGCUGGUCCAGUCGUCCAGGGGCACCACCCAGGACCUGGCCAAGGCCACUGGCAAGUUCGGCCGUGACUUCGGAGAGUUCCUGGAGGCCGGCGUGGACAUGGCCGGCCAGUCACAGAACAAGGAGAACCAGACGCAGGUGGUGUCCAACCUCAAGACCAUCUCCAUGUCGUCCAGUAAGCUGCUGCUCGCCGCCAAGGUCCUGUCCACUGACCCCAACUCCCCCAACCUCAAGAACCAGCUGGCAGCCGCCGCUCGUGCCGUCACUGACAGUAUCAACCAGCUCAUCACCAUGUGUACCCAGCAGGCCCCGGGCCAGAAGGAGUGUGACAAUGCUCUCCGGGAGCUCGAGACUGUUCGGGGUAUGCUUGAGAACCCCACCGAGGCGGUCAGUGACCUCUCCUACUUUGACUGCAUCGACAGUGUCAUGGAGAACUCCAAGGUCCUUGGGGAAGCCAUGGCUGGAAUCUCCCACAACGCUAAGAACAGCAAUCUGCCUGAGUUUGGGGACUCUGUCAGCUCUGGCUCUAAAGCCCUGUGUGGCCUUACUGAAGCAGCUGCCCAGGGAGCCUACCUGGUUGGAGUGUCAGACCCUAAAAGCCACGCGGGCCAGAAGGGGUUGGUGGACCCUGGCCAGUUUGCCCGUGCCAACCAGUCCAUCCAGAUGGCAUGCCAGAACCUGGUGGACCCGGCCUGCACUCAGUCCCAGGUCCUCUCUGCCGCCACCAUCGUCGCCAAGCACACGUCAGCGCUGUGCAACGCCUGUCGCCUGGCCUCCUCCAAAACAGCCAACCCUGUUGCCAAGCGACAGUUUGUCCAGUCUGCUAAGGAGGUGGCCAACAGCACAGCCAAUCUGGUCAAGUCCAUCAAAGCUCUGGAUGGAGCGUUUAACCAGCAGAACAGAGAGAAGUGUAGGGUCGCCACAGGGCCCCUGAUCGAAGCUGUGGAUAACCUCACCGCCUUCGCCUCCAACCCAGAAUUCGCCAGCGUGCCCGCUCAGAUCAGCGCUGAGGGCCUGGCAGCGAUGGAGCCCAUCGUGGCUGCAGCUAAGACCAUGCUGGAGAGCUCCACAGGUCUGAUCCAGACUGCUCGCUCCCUGGCCGUCAACCCCAAAGACCCCCCCAAGUGGUCAGUGCUGGCCGGACACUCCAGAACCGUUUCCGACUCCAUCAAGAAACUUAUCACCAACAUGAGAGACAAAGCCCCAGGCCAGAGGGAGUGUGACGAGGCCAUCGAGGUGCUGAACAACUGUAUUCGGGAGGUGGACCAGGCCUCCCUGGCAGCCAUCAGCCAGCAGCUCACCCCAAGAGAGGACAUCUCCCAGGAGGCUCUGCAUGAGCAGCUGGCAGCUUCGGUCCAGGAGAUCAGCAAUCUGAUAGAGCCGGUGGCCAUCGCAGCCCGCUCUGAGGCCUCCCAUCUGGGACACAAGGUGUCUCAGAUGGUGAGCUACUUCGAGCCCCUCAUCAUGGCAGCCAUUGGGACGGCCAGUAAGAUUCAGAGCAGCCAACAGCAGAUGGCGGUGUUGGACCAGACCAAGACGCUGACCGAGUCAGCCCUGCAGAUGCUCUACACGGCCAAGGAGGCCGGAGGAAACCCCAAGGCGGCCCACACCCAGGAGGCUCUGGAGGAGUCCGUCCAGAUGAUGAAGGAGGCGGUAGACGACUUGGGCGCCACCCUGUCGGAGACGGCCAGCGCUGCAGGCGCCCUGGGCGGCAUGGUGGACUCCAUCACCGCCGCCAUCAACAAGAUGGAGGAGAGCCCAGCCGGCGAGCCCGAUGGCUCCUUUGUGGAUUACCAGACGACCAUGGUGAAGACUGCCAAAGCCAUCGCCGUCACCGUGCAGGAGAUGGUGACUAAGUCCAACACCAACCCAGAUGACUUGGGAGGUCUGGCCAGCGAGCUUACUAAUGAGUUUGGAGAGCUAGCCACCGAGGCCAAAUACGCUGCCAUGACUGCAGAGAACGACGAGAUUGGUUCCCACAUCAAGAAGCAGGUUGGGGAGCUCGGCUUCAACUGUACUGGGCUGGUGACUAAGGCCGGCGCUCUGCAGUGUAGUCCCAACGACUCCUUCACCAAGAAGGAGCUGAUCGACAGCGCACGCAAGGUCUCCGAGAAGGUGUCUCAUGUGCUGGCGGCCCUUCAGGCUGGUAACCGUGGCACCCAGGCCUGCAUCACAGCGGCCAGUACCGUGUCGGGCAUCAUCGCCGACUUGGACACCACCAUCAUGUUCGCCACCGCCGGCAGAGCACAUCCUAAAGACAGCCAAGGCGCUGGUGGAGGACACCAAGCUGCUGGUCUCUGGUGCCGGGGCCAGCCAGGAGAGACUGGCCCAGGCUGCCCAGUCCUCCGUCAUCACCAUCACCAAACUGGCCGACGUGGUAAAACUGGGCGCCGCCAGCCUGGGAGCCGAGGACCCCGAGACACAGGUACGACUGUGGUCCUUGAUCAACGCUGUCAAAGACGUUGCCAAGGCUCUGAGUGAACUCAUCAGCGCUACCAAGGCCGCUGCAGGCAAGCCUCACGACGACCCUGCCAUGCUGCAGCUGAAGAACUCUGCCAAGGUGAUGGUGACCAACGUUACGUCACUCCUGAAGACAGUGAAGGCAGUGGAGGACGAGGCCACCAAGGGCACACGGGGACUGGAGGCCACCAUUGAACACAUCAAACAGGAACUGGCUGUGUUCAGCAAUGGUGAUCCUCCCCCCAAGACGUCCACUCCAGAGGAUUUCAUCCGCAUGACCAAAGGCAUCACCCAGGCAACAGCCAAAGCAGUGGCUGCUGGGAACUCGUGUCGCCAGGAGGACGUAAUCGCUACGGCCAACCUGAGCAGGAGGGCCAUCGCCGACAUGCUGCACUCGUGCAAGCAAGCCGCCUACCACCCAGAGGUCAGCAAAGAAGUUCAGAGCCGUGCCCUGCGCUAUGGCAACGAGUGUGCCGUGGGCUACCUGGGUCUGCUGGAGCAUGUGCUAGUGGAACGGAAUGGGUGGACCCCGAGGACCCCACGGUCAUCGCUGAGAACGAGCUUCUGGGAGCUGCUGCCGCCAUUGAAGCGGCCGCCAGGAAACUGGAGCUGCUGAGGCCCCGCACCAAACCCAAGGAAGCGGACGAGAGCCUGAACUUCGAGGAGCAGAUCCUGGAGGCGGCCAAAUCGAUCGCAGCCGCCACCAGCGCUCUGGUCAAAGCUGCCUCAGCCGCCCAGAGGGAACUGGUGGCCCAAGGGAAGGUUGGCGCCUGCCCAGCCAAUGCAGUGGAUGAUGGACAGUGGUCUCAAGGUCUCAUUUCAGCCGCCCGAAUGGUGGCAGCAGCGACCAGCAACCUGUGCGAGGCAGCCAACUCGGCGGUGCAGGGCCACGCCAGCGAGGAGAAGCUGGUCAGCUCAGCCAAGCAGGUGUCUGCCUCCACUGCCCAGCUCCUGGUGGCCUGCAAGGUCAAGGCUGACCAGGACUCCCAGACCAUGAAGAGGCUACAGGCUGCCGGAAAUGCUGUUAAGAGGGCCUCYGAUAGCCUGGUGAAGGCGGCACAGAAAGCAGCCUUUGACGCCCAAGACGAGCAGGCCGUGGUUGUUAAGAGCAAGAUGGUGGGCGGCAUUGCUCAGAUCAUUGCUGCCCAGGAGGAGAUGCUGAGGAAGGAGAGGGAGUUGGACGAGGCCAGAAAGAAGCUGGCCACCAUCCGACAGCAGCAGUACAAGUUCCUGCCCUCCGAGCUCAGGGAGGACGGGCAGGAGCAGUGAUGAAACGUGCACACACACACACACACACACACACACACAUACAUAUAUACAGCGAAGACAAAUCCGAUGUUCAGGGCCUACACGCCCAGGCUAUGUUAGAGAAAAGAGGAAAACGAAGAGGUAUUAUGCUUGAAGAGGAGCAAUAUUAGGGUGUGAUAAUUAAAAAGAAAGGAAAGGGGUAAAAAGUGAAAGCAUUAGGGUGUUUAUUUUAAGUGAAUUUUUUUCUUAGAUUAUUUGUCACGUUCAAGAGCGUUACAGUGCCACUGGUUUUGUUUUUGGAUAAUGCUAAAAAAAUAUAUAUAUAUGUAUCCAAGUCUUUGAGGUAGUCCUUGAUAGUUUGUGAUUUAAUUGAGCGUUUAGGUCCUAGAUUGCAUGUGUUCACUGCCGCUUCACCGUUUUUAUUAAAUUCACAUCCUCCUGCCAAUAACCGAUAUUUGCCUUUAACGCUAGCAUGCUAUUAUUUUAGUGAGCACAAUAACUAUCUGUUUGGCGGUGUCUGUUUUUUGCUUUUUUGGAUUCGAAAAAUGCAGUCACCAAAAGGUGGUCUUACAGCGCGGGUAAGUGUUGAGAUCUUACUUGACUGACCAAUGAUUUUAACUGGCCAGGGUGAACGGUAAGAGACGGUCGGUCACCCUGCAACACAGAGCUCAGCUAGGUGUUUACCAUAAACAACCGUGGCUUUGGUCAGAUCCCAAAGAAGACAUUGUUUAACAAGAAUGUGUGUUGUCAGGUAGGCUCCUCCUUUUUAUUUGAACCAAUGACAUUUAACUGUAUUUUGUUGCAAUUUGGACCAGAGGUGCAAUGAUUUACUUUGCGAUUAAACAAUUCAUAGAGAGAAAACAGAUCUUUUUUUUUUCUUUCUUUUUUUAAAGAUAAAUAAUGCUAUGAAAUGUGUUACAAAUGGUAUYUUCUAUUACAUUUAUAUGUUAAUAAAGUAUAUGUGAGUAUUUGUUUGUGUCAUCAUAUGAACUUUUGGACCUGAUAUUAUCUGUGUUUGAAGCUCAUAAAGCCAUACUUUGCUUUCUUCAGGACAUUGUUUAGAAUCAUGAAUGACUGUUCCUUCGGGUGCUAUUGAUUGGUUAAAAUCUUUAUCAGAUGUAGACUGUGUAAUAUGCAUCUAAUAGCCAACUGUAACCAGUAGAUCUUUAGACACAAAUUUAGAUAUGUAUUUUGGGGUAAUUUCUCUUGUCACACAGUACAAUCCUAUGAUGGSCAUUGUAUGCAAAGGAUAAUGUGUCCAAUGUUGUUGUUAUUAACCGUCAGGUACCCUGAAUUGCCAGCCUAUUUCACAUUGUCAGAGGCCUCAUUGUAACCUAACCUUCUUUCAACAUAUCAUUGAGUCAAAAAGUGCCUGCUAUAUGUAUUUUACAACUAAUUGUAUUUAACUGUUAACGUUUUCCCAUCUUCAAGUGCACUUAUCCAUUUGUUUAACUUAACACAUCAUAUAAAUCCACUCUUUUACAAACAUUUGUUCUCUCUUUUCUCUUAAUCGAAAUAGUUGGAUAGAAAACAACUGUUAAGUUGCCUAUGUGUUGAUUACAAACAUAGGGAAAGCGUGAGUGUUUUUUUCUUUUCAUUUUCUAAUUGUUUUGUUGACCUUUCUGAUUUUGAUACUAUAUACAUGUAUUAACAGUGCUAUAGUAUUGUAAAAGAGAUUUAUGGUCAAUAAAGCUGGUUUUCUCUGAGAAGUUA